AUGCCACGUUGGCAACACUUGUUGCACUACGUCGCCGGAUCGACGACGUCGUACCUCCGCCCUCUCGUCCUCCUCCGUCCACGCAGUACGAUGGCCGUGUCAGCCUGGCUGGCGAUGCUUGCCUCGCUUGCUACCGUACCGACCUAUGCCACAGCUGUCACCGGUGAUGGCGACUUCAACGUCUUCCAAUGUCCGAAGAACCAGUUGCUGGCCAUCGAGGCGGUCGACCAAACGUACAUUAAGAUGCUGUGCGCGUCUCAGACGCUCUGCGACUUCAAUCUGAUGCGAGCAGUCGAGAGGGUCAUUACGCCAGUCGCCACGGAGUGA